UCCCGAGCGGACCUCCGGGAUUAAGUGAAGUUUUAGCCAAAGGAUUAAAGUGUAGCAAUGCCGUGCAGUGAAGACGAUGAUUCUCAAAGUGGGUUCAUGUCGGAACCCACUCAUGCGAUGUCCAAAGCUGAAUUGCGGAAGACAAACAAGCCGAUUAUGGAGAAAAAGCGGCGCGCGCGAAUUAACCACUGUCUCAACGAAUUGAAAGAUUUACUCAUGGACGCCACAGACAAAGACCCAGCGCGUCACUCGAAGCUAGAAAAGGCUGACAUCCUGGAGCUGACCGUGAAACAUCUGCAGACAUUACAAAGACAACAGCUGGCGGCAGCCAUCGCCGCCGACCCAGCUGUGUUGCACCGAUUCAAAUCUGGUUUCGGAGACUGCGCCGUCGAAGUCAAGAGAUACCUAUCGAGACUUGCCAGCGUACCCACCGGCUUAAGAUACCGCCUGGGAAACCAUUUGAACUCAUGCAUGUCUGGUAUGGAACACUUGAAUCAAGAUUACACUCCAUUAGUUCCAGACCCCCUACGCCUCGAUGAUGAAAGGCCGAGCGCUUUUCACUACGUAAAAGCAACGAGACCAACUAGUCCGCCCUUAAGUCCAUUGUCCUGUGACUCAGCCUGUGAUUCCUCAACUGAAUUGGAAACUCCCCCUCGACCUGUACAGAAGUUCCCAUUCCCGACACCGCCUAGCCGUUCCGCAUCAGAUCAAGACUCGAGCCCUGAACAGAGAUCCACCGUAUCCUCUACGACGAUUUCUCCAGAAACAUUAAAACAGGAGGCAUUAAGAAACAAGAAAUUCAUGGAACCGUUGUCAAUUGUAAUAGACGUCGAGAAUUACAAAAUUGGAAUUGACGCAUCACCGAAAAGAGCGAUAGAUUAUUCGAUACGUCAAAAAUUAAAACGCCAUUCUGAAAGUGUAGGUCCGGUGCCAAAAUUAAUAAGACUUGAUAAAGAACCGAGUCUUGCACAAAAAUCUAUAAGUCUAAAUGUUGAUAAACCUAGUUUAGGAUCGAAAUCUAUUGGUGAUUCUGAAAAACCAUUAAUCCCAAUAAGAAUAUGUACGGAUAAAUCAGAAACAGGUUCAGACAAAUCAGAAAGCCGGAGAAUUUUGUCAGAAAAAUUUUCAGCAUUUCGAAAGUUGGAUAGAACGCCGAGUUAUCCAGAAAGGAAGUUAACUCUACCUGAAAGUAUACCAGCGGCCAGUGAAAGACAAUCGAUAGUUAAUUUAGACAAACCCUCAAUAGUGCCAAGGACAGUGAUAAGCCAUACGGCGGAAUCUCUGUCACAUUCGAGUCAAAUUCCUCGUACAGUUGAAGUAUCUAAAGAGAAAGCAGAAGCAGACACAAGUUCAAAGUCGCCACAGCAAAGUACAUCAAGUUCCGAAAUGUGGAGACCUUGGUGAAAUUUAUUAUUAUUAUUUGUACAUGUCUUCCAGAAUUUAACGGAUGAAUCCGUAUAAAUAAAAUUGUGCCUUAAGAUAAAGAUGUUAUAUACGAGUAAAGUAUUGAGUGAUAUUUCUUAUGAUUAGUAUCGGUUUAAAGUCUAUUUUUUAAAAGUUUUCAUACUUUGUCAUGAACAUUGUAAAUUGGACCAUUACCAUUAUUAUUGUAUAGUAUCAAGGAUUUGUUAGUACUUUUAAGUACAGUUUUAUUUUUUAUACUGUUUUAUAUAACAUAGACGUAUUAUAAAUUAAAGAACGAUAGCUUUAAGUAGGUAUUUACCUGUGUGGUAUACUAAUUAUAUUCUUUUUAUAAAAAAAUAUUAAAUGGAUCUCUACGUUUUAUACUAAAACU